CUUUAUUUUUCUUGUUGAACAAGCUCGCAGUGCAGAGGAAGUUGUAAGCGAAAUCAAGGAAUCGAGAACCCAGAAGAAGAGUGAGAGGAAAGUUUCUUCAGUUGUUUCCAACAUGUCUCGGAGGUAUGACAGUCGCACCACCAUCUUCUCACCGGAAGGUCGUCUCUACCAAGUUGAGUACGCUAUGGAAGCCAUUGGCAACGCUGGCUCCGCUAUUGGAAUCUUGGCCAAAGACGGAGUUGUCCUGAUUGGUGAAAAGAAAGUCACCUCUAAGCUUCUUCAAACCUCCACAUCCGCUGAGAAAAUGUACAAGAUCGAUGACCACGUGGCCUGUGCUGUCGCUGGUAUCAUGUCUGACGCCAACAUUCUCAUCAACACCGCUCGAGUCCAAGCUCAGCGUUACACCUUCAUGUACCAAGAGCCUAUGCCGGUUGAGCAGCUGGUUCAGUCUCUAUGUGAUACCAAGCAAGGGUACACACAGUUUGGUGGUCUUCGUCCCUUUGGAGUUUCUUUUCUUUUUGCAGGAUGGGACAAGAACCAUGGGUUUCAACUCUAUAUGAGUGACCCGAGUGGGAACUACGGUGGAUGGAAAGCUGCUGCCGUUGGUGCUAAUAAUCAAGCUGCUCAGUCUAUUCUUAAGCAAGACUACAAGGAUGAUGCGUCCAGGGAAGAGGUGGUUGAGCUCGCUCUCAAGGUUUUGAGCAAGACGAUGGACAGCACGAGCUUGACAUCUGAGAAGCUCGAGCUUGCUGAGGUGUUUCUGACUCCAUCAGGGAGUGUUCAGUACCAUGUUCACUCGCCUGACUCUCUCACUAAGCUUUUGGUUAAGCAUGGUGUGACGCAACCAGCUGCAGAAACUCCCUAAGCUUGAAACCACUAGACUUGUACGGUAAUCGACAUUCUGUGUUUGUGGUUUCCCAUUUGCUUUUUUUUCCUUUGGACUUGAAGAUACUGUCUCGGAAUCAAUUACUACUCUGGUUGUGUCAUGAAGUUAUAUGUUGUUAUGAAUCGAAUCUGAGCACUUUUAUUUUUGCAAUCCUGUUUUGUCCGUUUCUCCACAAAUGAAUUUCACAUCAAAAUGAUAAAUGCAAUGUAUUGUUUUUCGCUACUU